GCUUCUCGCGGGAACCGCCGCAGCCGGAAGCUCCACGUCGGUGAAUUGGGCUGUGAGGGAGACGGCGAGCGUUGGUGGCCGCAGCCCGGACUGCGCGACCCAGAGCCAUGGUGAGCUGGGCGAGGAGGGGGCUACGGCAGUGGGGCCCGAAGGCAGGAGGCCGCCUGUUUCUGCCAGGGAAGUGGGCUUGGUGGGUGGGGAGGAGCAGGCGCUGCUGGAACCGGGGAGAGAGAGGCCUGCCCGGCGGGGCCAAGGAUUCCCCGUCUUUUUAAGCCGCACAGCAGGCAGAAAUCCGGCAGGUGAAGUGUUUCCCGGCAUGGAGGCGCCUUGACAGGAGACGGCUCAUCUGCUGAUUUCUGCCUGCUUUGAUUAUGGGGUGGGGGGUGGGGAAGGCGGUACCUGUGCUAUUGCUGCCUCUCCUGAAGCUCUUAGCGGAUUUACCUCUAUCAAACUGUUUGCAUCUUUGGUGUUGUGCAGCGCAAAGCUCACAGCCAGCUCCUCUUUGGAGCCCAUGGUUGUGUGUAGGCUCCCUUUGUUCCAGUGCUGCUUAUAUUCACAAGUAGCGUCUGGACUGGUGGUGAUGGAAGAGCUAUUGGGGGUGGGGUCCGAGUGAUGGUUGAUGAAAGCAUUUGCUGGCCACCACUUACCAGCUGUCAGCCUGUUCUCAUCUGAAGAUGUGUGAAAGGCGACAACCAGUGCUGCUGCUGCUUCUAAAAAAAAAUGUUUAGGGGUACUCUCAUUUUCCUACACAUAUUGAAAUACUGCCCCUCAAUGAGGCCAAACUUUGAUUCACAAAAUGUUUAGGGGUAUACGUACCCCUGCGUCCCCCCAGAAAAAAGCACUGCCUGCAAGCAUUGCUGUACAGUAGUACCUUGGGUUACAUACGCUUCAGGUUACAGACUCCGCUAACCCAGAAAUAGUACCUCGGGUUAAGAACUGAAAUCGCAUGGGGGCGGGAGGCCCCAUUAGCUAAAGUGGUACCCCAGGUUAAGAAGAGUUUCAGGUUAGGAACGGACCUCCAGAACGAAUUAAGUACAGUGGUACCUCAGGUUAAGGGACGCAGGUGGCGCUGUGGGUAAAACCUCAGCGCCUAGGACUUGCCGAUUGCAUGGUCGGCGGUUCGAAUCCCCGCAGCAGGGUGAGCUCCCGUCGUUCGGUCCCAGCUCCUGCCCACCUAGCAGUUCGAAAGCACCCUUAAGUGCAAGUAGAUAAAUAGGUGCCGCUUUAUAGCGGGAAGGUAAACGGCGUUCCGUGUGCUGCUCUGGUGCCGGUUCGCCAGAGCAGCUUCGUCACGCUGGCCACAUGACCCCGAAGUGUCUGCGGACAGCGCUGGCUCCCGGCCUCUAGAGUGAGAUGAGCGCACAACCCUAGAGUCUGUCAAGACUGGCCCGUACGGGCAGGGGUACCUUUACCUUUACCUCAGGUUAAGAACUUAAUUUGUUCUGGAGGUCUAUUCUUAACCUGAAACUGUUCUUAACCUGAAGCACCACUUUAGCUAAUGGGGCCUCCCUCCCACUGUACCGCCGCUGUGCGAUUUGUGUUCCCAUCCUGAAGCAAAGUUCUUAACCCGAGGUAAUAUUUCUGGGUUAGCGGAGUCUGUAACCUGAAGCGUAUGUAACCCAAGGUACCACUGUAAUUCACACUCUUAUGUAUCCUGUGUACAUAUCUUAAACUGAGGGCUCUGCGGUAUGGAUAGUAGGCCGAUGGCCAGGCAUGUGGUUAGGGUAUUGGCACAGUUGCUUCCUGUAUGUAGUGUCCCGUUUCAUGCCUGCUGAAAUGGAAGUGCAUUGUCUACAACAGUCUUUCCCAAUCCGUGGCCCUCCAGAUGUUCUGCUGCAACUCCCAUCAUCCCGUCAGCCUUGCUGGCUGGGGCUCGUGGAAGUUGGAGGUGAAAACAAAUGGAGGGUGAAAGUGCACAUUUCUGGGUUUUAUGAAUUGUAUAAAUAGAUUAGCUUAGAUGCAUCCAAGAGGGUGUGAGAUUUGAUCGAAGCAGUAUAAUAAAAAUGCCAGUUAUAGAGACAGAUGUGUGGUCCAUUUAGCCCAGUACUGCCAACUUUUACUAGCAGCAUCUUCUUAGGAUUCUGUUGAUUACCGUAAUAUCUGGCAGAGGGAAACUCGGCUCUCCAGAUGUUUUGAGACUACAAUUCCCACCAUCUCUGACCACUGGUGCUGUUAACUAGGGAUGAUGGGAGUUGUAGUCCCAAAACAUCUGGAGGGCCAAGUUUGCUUACGCCUGAUUUAUAUGCUUUUAACUGGAAGAGCCUGGAGUCAAAUUCAUGCUGUGUGCUUUAUGAGUGACCUGUGAGUUUUCCUGGAUGUUUGUAUAUAUACUAAUGGGGCAUCAGUUGUUUUUUUAAAAAAUCCUACCUAGUACUACUAUUACACUUGCCCAAAAAAGGGCUGUGCGCAAAGGGCAUGAACAUGCUCUUUUAUCUGUGUCACUUUUUGUGAAUAUUGUAGCAGUAUAAUUUCAUCCCAAACUGUUCUUUCAUAUCUGAAAUCCUCUCACAUUGUCAAAAUUCUUAGCCUAGGACUAGAUAUAUGAUGAAUGUGUGUUAUUUUUCACAAUAAUGUAUUAAUAAGCUGACAGCUGUUGCUGAUUUUAGCAUGGCCUGGGUAAAUUAAAUCUUUGGGCCAUUCCAGAGAACAGUCUGUAAGGGAAUGAAUGAAUGAAUGAACAUGUUUAUUGCAGUCAGGCUAGUGUGAACCACUUAUGUAAAUAUGACUGGCUGUUUAGGUCCUGUCCAAAUUUCUUUCAGUAUAAAUAUAUUUAACCAGUUAUUGUAUGUGUUUGUAACAGCCUCAUUAUAUUCUUCUGCUAUUUAGCCUCUUCGACUUGACAUAAAGCGUAAGCUAACAGCUCGAUCUGAUCGAGUGAAGAGUGUGGACUUGCAUCCCACAGAGCCAUGGAUGUUGGCUAGCCUUUACAAUGGUAGCGUUUGUGUUUGGAACCAUGAAACACAGGUAAUGUGUGAUAUAAAAUAUGUUCAGUGAAAAGUCGUAAAAUGAUUAUUGAUAUUGGGGCCCAAUUAAAUGUGAUUGGGGAGAUUUGUGAUCAGGACUGCUUGUGUUUUAUGAAGUCACAGGGUCCUCUGGAUUUGAUUGGGAUUGUGGUAUCACAUUAAGACCCUUCCCCCCACUCAAGGGCAUUGAACUGUGUGGUGUAUUUAUUUUCCUAAGAAUAUUACAUUUAUGAAGUGUUUGAAACAUUUAGCAACUUAUUUUUGUAACUUUUGUAAUUUAUUUAUGUUUCUAGAAUAUUGUCCAUCGUGUUCCGACAGUUGAAAAACAGCUAUCUGAAAUAGCUAAAGAGAUUUCUAAAAAGCGUUUUUUCAUGCAUAAAAGUUAACAUAAAAUGUAAACUUUGUUUUCAGACAUUAGUGAAGACUUUUGAAGUAUGUGACCUACCAGUGAGAGCAUCUAAAUUUGUGGCAAGGAAAAACUGGGUUGUUACAGGAGCCGUAAGUUAUCUUCUUUCACUAAGAAUGUUUUGUUGUUUAUUUUGGAACCUUGAAGCUACUAAUCAAUUAGAGGUUUGCUUUUUGAAAAGAAGGAUAUUUAAGUGGUAAGAAAUUCUGAAUUGCAAAUUUAAUUGCAGAGGAACCUUAUGGACUAAGGAUGGUUAAUGAUUUUUAAGAGAGAUACAGUGUGGUAUAAGGUGCUAUAUUAGCAAAAAUAUAGGUAUACAGUCCACUAAAGCAGAGGUGGUGAACCUGCGGCCUUCCAAAUGUUGUUGGGCUUCAGCUCCCAUUAGGCCCAGCCAGGAUGACCAGUAGUCAUGCAUGAUGAGAACUGUAGUUCAGCAACAACUGGAGGACCAGUUGUUUUCCUAUCUCUGCACUAAAAUAUAUGCAAAGUGAUGCUAGACGUUACCUUUUAUUUUUUUAAAUGUAUCUUUCUGUAUGAGGGAAGCUUAGAAACAAGUUUAAUAAAAACAAUGCAAGAUCAAAACCAGUAAAGUUGUGAGUUGUGUUCCAUUCACACAGUGGGACUUCCCUUUCUUCUCCUGUCCCUGCACGUCGCCUAAAUCUGCUCUAGAGAGUCCCCCAACUCUUUGGAGCAGGUUUUGAGAGUGCAUGGGUGUGACACAGAGGAGAGAAGGGAAAGCUCCAUUGCACAAAUAGAAGUCUGAUGCCCAAGCAGAAUGGCAGCAUUAGAUACAAUCCUUUAUUUGGAAGUGGAAAUUCAGUUUUCAUUUAUAGAGAAGCUGAUUUUUAUUGGACUUUUCUCAUAGGAUGACAUGCAAAUUCGGGUUUUCAACUACAACACUUUGGAAAGGGUUCACAUGUUUGAAGCACACUCAGAUUAUAUCCGCUGCAUUGCUGUGCAUCCUACACAACCUUUCAUUCUAACUAGCAGUGGUAAGAGUUUAAUUUUAUUACUAAAUGUUAUUUUAAUGAGUUAUUCUUUCUUAGCAGCGUCUUUAGGAUUUUGUAAGAAAAUAAGCUGCGUACCUCCUUGAAGUAGCAAAUAUUUUAGCGACUGCAGAACUUGUAACAAGAUUGCUGCAGAAUCCUACUGGAAGCUAUAGAACAGGGUUGGCAAAACUUUAGCCAUCCAGAUGUUGCCAAGUUAUAAUUGCACAACUGUUGUCCGUGCUGGUUGUGGCUGGUGGGAGUUCUAGUUCUACAGCAUCUGGAUGGCCACAAGUUAGUCAUCCCUGAUGAGAACUACAUCCAUAUUAGCUGGCUUAUUGUCUCAUAGUCUUCCUAUUUAUGUUGUUUUAUAUCUUAAGUGCCCCAGAUCUUUGUUUCCAUUAUAUGCUAGUCCCAUUUUAACAUAAACCCAGUUUCUUCUUACAAAACAUAAGUAUUUAUGGUUCUCAAGCAUCUGUAUUCAGUUAUCCAGUUCACUGUGGUAGGAUGUAGUCAAACUUCAAAGAAUUUAAAUGUAUGCUGCUGCUGAUAAUGAUGAUGAUGAUGCAUAUCUAUGCAACAUAAAACUCUCAUUAUGGGGAUACAAAACUAGGGCCCUCUACAUUUUGCUUGCCUUCAAUUCGCACCACCCCAGCUAGCAUGACCAAAGGUCAGCCAUGAUGGGAAUUGCACCUCAACAACAUCUGGUGGGCCACAGAUUUCCCAUCCGUGCUCUAGAAAGAAUAUGUCAUAGAAGUAUUUGAUUAAGAAUAAAACUUGACCAAACAGCAGCAGCUCAGUAUCUGAAAGAGAAACAGUGCAUGCUUUCCUGUGGCACAUCUGAAUAUAACAGUAGUUUGGGGCUGGGGGAGGGGACUUAGCUGUGAACCUUUUUGGGGGGCCAGGUAGGAUCAGAGAGAAACACCCUCUGCCAGGUUAUGUCUAGGGAAAAGAGGAAGGGAGCGCUGUCAGAGCAAUGGCACUUAGGCAUGAUGCUGUCCCGCUGGCAUAUUUCAUAUUAAAGAGGAGAGUGGGACUGCUAAACAGGUUACUGCAAAUUUGAUAUCACUAGAAUGAGUAGACUCUUGAAAAGUGAUUUUGUAAAGAUAAGCUUUUCAGCCAUAUUGAACUCUUCAGGUAGAUGUUCAGGGAAACAAAAGAAAAAAAAUAGUCUUAGGUUAUCACUAUUUUUCUUUCCCUUUGGUGCUUACGAAGUGCAUAAUGGAAGGUUUUUUUUCUCUCCUAGAUGACAUGCUUAUUAAGCUGUGGGACUGGGAUAAAAAAUGGUCCUGUUCUCAAGUGUUUGAAGGGCACACUCAUUAUGUGAUGCAGAUUGUCAUAAAUCCUAAGGAUAAUAAUCAGUUUGCUAGUGCCUCCUUGGACAGAACAAUCAAGGUAGAGUGAUUUCUUACUGGAAAAUCAGAAUUUUAAAUUUAAAGUGAAAUGCUCUUCUUAUAUUGUAGGUGCUUAACAGCUGCUUGGAGGAUAUAGCAUAAACUGUAUUUUGAGUCAUUUUAAUACUCUGGGAAGAUUAUUAUUUUUUAUUUAUCUGCACCAGUAUGCAUCCAAUACAAAGGUUGGUGCACAUGAUACACUUGUAGUGCAGAUUGUGCUCAAAAUAGUGUGAUCCCUGGGUUUAACUUUUGAUCUGCUUAUCACAGGGGUUAUUGUCAUCACACAGAAUUUGGAUGGGACAGAAUGUGCCCCAGGAUUUAACAAAGGCUUCUAAUUAUAUUGCUCCCUUUGUCUUCUGUUCUAAACACAUGAAAUUAGCCAAUAGUGAUAUGUGAAAGUUUGAAAAGGGCUUCCUGGGUUUCAUUAGACCCGGUCAACAAUCAUUUUCAUAUUCUUGCAAGGUGUGGCAGCUUGGUUCUUCAUCACCCAACUUCACUUUGGAAGGCCAUGAGAAAGGCGUAAAUUGCAUUGAUUACUACAGUGGAGGUGAUAAGCCGUACCUAAUUUCUGGAGCAGAUGACCGCCUUGUAAAGAUCUGGGACUAUCAGGUAUGUUGUGUCCUACUACUCCUAUACCAUUUAUUUGCAUAAUAUUGAAAAAGCAAAAAUGUUAUGGUUUUUUGUUUUUUAAAUCAAGUAUAUGAAUAAUUUUUUUCAUUGGCCGUAUUCCGUUGAAGAUUAUUAUAUUUUGCUGGAAGCCACUCAGAGUGGCUGGGGCAACCCAGUUAGACGGGUGGCAAAUAAGUAAUAAAGUUGUCAUCAGAAAGGUCUAGUUAGGUACUUUGUAACUGUCAUUCAAUUUUUGGUUUAUAACAUUUAUCAUAUGUUAAAGACUGCUAUCAAGUCUUUGUAUCCACAGCUUCAUUUCUUUUCUCCCUUUGCAGAAUAAAACAUGUGUGCAAACUCUUGAGGGUCACGCACAAAAUGUGUCCUGUGUUAGUUUCCACCCUGAGCUUCCCAUCAUCAUCACUGGCUCUGAAGAUGGUAAAUUCAAUCAUUUCUCAAUUCUUUUUAGAGUGCCAGUUUAUUUCCUUAUGGUGGUUUUCUGUAGCAGUGAGAACUUAACAUCUCACCAAAGCUUGACAUGAGCAUUUUUUUUCUUUCAGAUGCUUACAAAUUACUUGAGACAAUUAGAAAUAGUCCUGUUAUAGUUUGUAUAGAUGCGUUGCAGAGCCAAAGUGUAGGCUUGUUAAUGGGUUUCUUUGUGAACUGUUUUCAUUUACAGCUCCUUUAUUGGAGGAGCAUUAUAAACAAAAGUGAAAUAUACCUAGAGGCCGUGAGUUUUAAUAUGCAUGGAGGCUUAAAAGGGGUAUAAUUACAAAUAAAUAUGAAAUGCAAGAAAGGUAGAAUUAUUCCAUGAGAGAUAUUUCCAUUGCACAGGUUUAAAUUCUUUUCAGUUAGAAAUGUCUGAGAAGUGAAAAACAAAUGCUUAAUACUCUGAUUGGAAAAUACUUAUCUUUUAUAUAAAGACUGGAGAAGGCAGCCUGGCCACAGUCAUUCAUGCUAUGGCAACAUCCCUCUGGGACUUCUCUAAUGCAUUUCUUGUUAGACUGCCUUGAAAAAUGUACAGAAGCUACAGAUGGUUCAAAAUGCAGCAGUUACUUCUAAUUGGGACUGCAGUAACUGAUGAUAAUUAGGUUCAGGCAUUUGUAAGUCAUUUAAACGAAAAAGGGGGUGCUGCUAGAACCACACGCCCCCUCAUCAUUUUUGAUGCCCUCCACAAAUUGGAGGACAGUUAUCUGAAGCAGGGAACCUCCUGCACACGUGAUGGUUAUCUACACAGUUGUAAAACGUGCAGGGAGCCUCCACAGGUACAAGGGAGCCUUCCUACUCCAGAAUAUGCCCCCUCCCAACUCAUGGAAGGCAACAGAAAACUGAGGGGUGGUGGAUCUAUUGUUCUCGUCCUCACAGCUCCUGUGCCCCCCCAAUGUAUUGUACACAGGUUACAAACACCUGGAGAGGGCAGUUGUGCAAGUUUUAUUGAGUAUCUGUUUGUUUCUGGGUCCAGUUCAAAGUGCUGGUUCUAUCCUGCUGUGUUCUCCUGCAGGGGAGCACAGGAUAGAGAGCUUUUUCAGGUACGGCACCACACAUGUGGAAUCACCUGGCCCAAUAGCUGCUUGUCUUUCUGUGGACAAUGGAAACAUAAAUCUUCAGAAAAGUUUUUGAUGAUGCUUUUGUUCUUUUAUUUCAUUAUGAUUCUGCUCCUUUAUGUAUUUAGGUGAUUUGUGCAGUUUACAUAUUUGUUGCAUUUUAUUUUGUAGUUUUAUUCUUUGUCCUUUAUGUAACCCAGUUUUGCACAGGGUAUGAAACAGUGUAUUAAUAAUCAUGAUUGGGGGUUGGGUUCCUCCCCCCCCCCCUGAAGUAUCUAAGUAAUGCUGAAUGCGAUAACUCUGCCACUGCAUAGGAACUGUUCGGAUUUGGCAUUCAAGCACUUACCGUUUGGAAAGUACUCUGAACUAUGGCAUGGAAAGGGUGUGGUGUGUGGCGAGCCUGAGAGGAUCAAAUAAUGUGGCUCUGGGAUAUGAUGAAGGUAGCAUCAUUGUUAAGGUAUGUGCCUUAGAAAAUAUUUAACUGUGCUAGAUGUCCACUAGUGGAAUAAUUACUUGGCAUAUUAUUAAAUAAUUGGGGUCAUUGCAGAGGACACCAGUCUUAUUUGUAGUAACUGCAUUGGAGAAUAAACUGUUGGUUGUCAACAUCAAAAGGUUUUUAAGCAAAUUGGUUUAUUAGUUACAUUGACUAUUGUAUACAUCUACUCUCAUGCUUCUUUCCUUGCUAGCUUGGCCGUGAAGAGCCAGCCAUGUCAAUGGAUGCUAAUGGCAAGAUAAUUUGGGCUAAGCAUUCAGAAAUUCAGCAAGCUAAUCUGAAAGCAAUGGGGGAUGCUGAAAUCAAAGACGGAGAGAGACUGCCACUUGCUGUGAAAGAUAUGGGCAGCUGUGAAAUAUAUCCUCAGACUAUUCAGCACAAUCCCAAUGGGCGGUAAGGGAUUUCUUUUUCCGAAGAUAAAAACUUAAACCUGUUCAUUAAUUUUAAAUUCUGUUUAGGACCAGAGACAUUGUAUGUGCGUAUCUUUCUGAUCAGGCUUUUCUGAGUUUUACAAGUCUUACGCAAACCUUCCUUGCAUACUGUAAUUUACAUUUCUUUUGUGUUUACUACCUUACAGGUUUGUAGUAGUGUGUGGGGAUGGUGAAUACAUCAUUUACACAGCUAUGGCACUGAGAAACAAAAGCUUUGGUUCUGCUCAGGAGUUUGCAUGGGCACAUGAUUCUUCAGAGUAAGUCCUUUGUGCUUUGUUUAAUCUUAACUUUUUGUUAAUAUUAUGACGCUUUGUUUUGGACUAUGAACAGCAAUUGUCUUUGCAUAGCUCUUUGGUCUGCUGUUGUUGUUUUUUAAAAAAAUUCAGUAUGAAAUAUAAAAAGUGAAACCAACAGUUUUUGUAGUGGCUGCAUCCCAAUUCAGUUUAUGGCUUAGUUGGAGGCAAAGACACAUGGCCUGUGGACUGCAUCCAGUCAAUUUAAGCCUUAUUCCAGCCGUCCUUUCACACCUGUUUUGGCAAAAGGGGAAUAACCUGUCUAUACAAGUCUGCAAGAGAACAUUGGCAGGAUCUAUAUGGCCAGUGUGCCAGGAUUGACUGCUUCUGGCCUUGUUUGUUAAUCUUGCUGAAUAAGAGCUUGGUUCUACUGAAAUCUUUUGUUUGUGUGCAGGUAUGCAAUCAGGGAAAGCAACAGCAGUGUCAAGAUAUUUAAAAACUUCAAAGAGAAGAAGUCUUUUAAACCUGACUUUGGAGCAGAAGGCACGUUAUGCAUUUUAUCUUCUGUACUCAUCUUAGCUAGUUUUAAACACUGUCCAGAAAGCUUCUAAUUUCUUCUGCUUGUGUCCCCUGAAGGUAUCUACGGCGGUUUCUUGCUGGGUGUCCGAUCUGUCAAUGGCCUGGCAUUUUACGACUGGGAAAAUACAGAAUUGAUACGCAGAAUUGAAAUCCAGCCCAAACAUGUGAGUUUUGUUCCAAUUGCAACUUGCUGAUUAAUUAAAGCUCACCUUGCUAGGUCAGCUGCUGUUAAUUAUGAAACUUUUGGAGUCUUAAAACAAAACUAGUGUGCUCUAUGUCUUUUGGUGCCACAAUAGGCUUAAUUUGUCUUCUAAUCUGAGCCCAAACCUUAAAGGUUAUUGCAUUGUUUUGAUAUAGAUUUUCUGGUCUGACUCUGGUGAGCUUGUCUGCAUAGCCACUGAAGAAUCUUUCUUCAUUCUGAAGUAUCUUUCUGAAAAAGUAGCAACAGCCCAAGAGACACAUGAGGGAGUCACUGAAGAUGGCAUUGAAGAUGCCUUUGAGGUAACUACGCUUAAUGAUUAAUAGGCAUUUUGGAUCUGAUUCUGUCUUUUAAACCAUUUAUACUGCUGUCAACUAACAGACUAGCCAUGUGAUAUAAGGAGAAUGUGGAAAUUGACAAGAUAGAUUGACUUGGAAGAUUAGCUUUGGGACACACAUGGUCAUUUUAAAUCAUUUAGAUCCUGUUUUCUCUAAGGAAAUCAAAGUGGUAUACAAUAAAAAUAAAAACAGUGUAAAAUGAUAUACAAUAGACAAUAUAAUACAAUAUAACAUGAUAGCAGCAUAAAUACUUAUGGGGGCUCUAAAGCCUAAUUGAAAAAUAAACAAUUUAAUUGUUCUCCUAAACAUCAGCAGCAAGGGAACCAUAUUAAGAUGUUAACAAGGCUUCAUGUAAAUAAGAAUCUUACAGCUGUCUUGAUCUGUAUAGAGCAGGGCUGGGGAUCCUGUGGCCCUCCAGAUGUUGUUGGACUCCAGCCCCUAUCAUUCUGACCAUUGGCCAUGCUGGCUAAACUUAAUGGGAGUUUGGAGUCCAAAAAUAGCUGGAAGGUCACAUUCCUGGUUCAGAAUAUUUUGUUGACAACAAAGUUAGUGAAUGAACUUUGUUCUGUUGGAUUUUAAAAGAUCAUUAGGCUACUUUGUACAUAUAUGGCACAUGGAACUUCUUGUGCCAUAUCCCACUACUAAGGGAACUGUGGUAAGUAGGGAAUUUGAACUUUUGUUAAUCUUAUCUGUGUUGUAGUAGAAGAGGUUUUUUUGGUGGAUCAGUAUUUUAAGCUGAGCUUCUCUUAAUAUGGGACUCUUCAUCACUAAGCCUAUGGAGUUGACCCAUUUAUAUAAUUAAACUCUUUUAUUGGACCCAGUGCCUAUGGAGAGUUUAGUAAACAAGAUUGUCCUAAGCCUAAACACCUUUGUUUCUCCAGGUCCUUGGUGAAAUUCAAGAGAUUGUGAAAACGGGGUUGUGGGUAGGCGACUGUUUUAUUUAUACCAGUUCUGUGAACAGACUGAACUACUACGUUGGAGGAGAAAUCGUCACCAUUGCACAUUUGGACCGGUGAGUGUUCAGCUAUUCAUCAGGUAUAGUUCUAAUUGAUAUGACAUUUGCAUAUAUUUAUUUGCAUAUAUUUUAAAAUUUUCUAUAUGGAGGUUUUAUGAUGGCCUAUAUUUGUAAUGCCUAAUAAGGGUUUGUAAUGCCUAAUAAAGGUUUGGCAAAGUAAGAUAUGAAAUUAUUGCUAUUAAGUGUAGCAUGUUCUACUUCUUUGAUAGUUCAAUGCACAUUGAGCAGAGUUCUGUGGCAAGAAUUAUUGUGCUAGUGAUGGGCAGAAAUUUGGUCCUUAAGUAAGAAGCUAUUUAGAGUGUAAAUCUGACUGCGUAGCUUUUGUGUUGCCCAUGUAACCUGCUUCUUGAAGAUUCUUUUGUCUUUCAGAUAUGGCACUAAGACAAGUGUGGGCUAAACUUUAUUAUUAUUUUUUUUUAAAUGAUAUUUAUUAAAGUUUCAGAUAGAAAAAGACACAUCAAUAAAAAAGAAUUUAAAAGUAAAAAGAAAAAUACACAAUAUAAAAUACAAAAAGAAAAAAAAGAAAAAACAGUUAAAAACAAUUCCAUCUUUUCAUCACUGCUUUUGAAUUAACUUAUUUUCUGGACCUCCUCAUACCUCCCUCUUUUGUAUUCCAAUUCAGUUUGUUUGUCCAGCAAUUCCUUUCCCUCUUUUUUAAUCCCAAUCCUUAAUCUUAAUAUAAUAUAAUAUAACCUUAAAUUUUUAUCUAUUAAUAGCCAAUUUUCCAAGUGUGGGCUAAACUUUAAGAUCACAUACUAAGCUAGGUGUGGCCCUCUAGAUAUUGUUGAACUACAACUCCUAGCAGCCCUGGCAAUCACGGUCAAUGGCCAGCGAUGAUAGGAGUUGUAGUUCAGCAACAUCUGGAGGGCCAAAGUUUCUCUAUACUGGUGCUAAGCCAUAAAUUCUUCCUAUCCGUCACUGCUGUUAUCUCCAGUGUGUUACUACUUAAGGAAAUGGAAGAGUUUCAGAAAUUCCUUUGAGGUGGGGUGGGUCUCCUCAGUGAUCUGGAGUUUCUGUACCUCAGCAUACUCACAGUUUGAUAGAGACUCACUAUCCUUAGCAUAUCAGUCCAAUUCAAGUGAAUUACAUAAUUUCCUGAUAAUUCAGCGUGCAAUCUUAAGGACUGUGAUGUUGAUGGCUAGGGGAGUGCAGGUUAGGAUGGUGUGUUAAUGGCUCUCUUCUGGCCAACAGGAGUGCUGGUGGUUGUAAGACCAUUGCUAUUGCCCAUGCUAGUAGAAUGCUGCUGCCAGCUGUUGUUCUACCAGCAGUGGAAAGCAAAGCAUCCCAGUUGGGUCCUUGUGCCUCUCUGCUACCCCAGCCAGGAUCUGAUGCACUAAAUAUACUGAAGAACCAGCCCAUCACCAUCUUCCCCAGCCAGUGGAGCUUGGGAUGUGGUGGUUCAACUGCCACUUUGCUGUUUGUUGCUCCACAUUAGGAUCACUCUGCCAGAUGAUUUCUCGGACUGAAGUUAUUUUAAUGAAUGCAAUCUCUCUAUCCCACCCCCUUUCCUUAAAGGACAAUGUAUUUACUUGGAUAUAUCCCCAAAGACAACAGACUUUACCUUGGUGACAAAGAACUGAACAUAGUGAGUUACUCCUUGCUAGUCUCGGUGCUAGAGUAUCAAACUGCCGUGAUGAGGAGAGACUUCAGUAUGGCUGACAAAGUUCUUCCCACAAUUCCAAAGGAACAGAGGACCAGAGUUGCACACUUCCUUGAGAAGCAGGUGAAAACAUUUGGCACAUUCUAUCAAAUUAAUCUUUGGUCAACAAAUAUAGAUUAAAAUACUGGAAUUGGAAAUGGCUGCAAGUUUAAUUUGGCAGGGGUGGACAUAUCUAUUAGGCCCUUAAAUGCUCUUAAAUACAAGGUAAAUAAUCAUGGUGUGUUGUUUUUUGGCUUGUGUAAAAAGGGAGAUGUAUUUGUGUAUCAAUUUUUGCUGUCGUUUGCUAAGAAGAUUCCUUCACUAAUGUCUUUUUUUAUUAUUAUAAUAUUCAGGGCUUCAAACAGCAAGCACUCGCAGUAUCUACAGACCCAGAACACCGCUUUGAGCUUGCUCUUCAGCUUGGUGAACUUAAGAUUGCAUAUCAGCUUGCAGUGGAAGCAGAGGUAUGCUGACACCAUUUUAGAAACACAAAAGGAAUUACCAACGUCCAUGUUAAGAUGCAGAAGAAUAGUCUCUUAUGAAAGAAAUGUUUUGGCUAUAAAGGUCCAGCUGUAGCAGCAAAACGGAAUACCUACACCUGCCCCACCUGCAAUAAAACAUGUCUCUCCUGUAUUAGUCUCUGCAGCCACAGCAGGUGCUGUAACUCUCCAGGGUUUGACUUUACCCUCAAAGGUGCAUUCUUCCAUUGUCUCUCGAGACAAAUGGAUGCCAGCAAUAAAGGUGCAAAGUCAACCUGGUUGUUUAGUGUCAAGGCUGAACUGAAUUUAAUGGAAUCUGUGUAAAAUAUUGAUUGCCCACUGAAGUUCUAGAAUUCCUGAUUUUUAUAUUAUUGUAAAGCAUUAAACAAGAUUAUUUGAUAUGAUUUCUGUCUGUAAUGCUGAAGUGAGAGCAAGAUAGCUUUCCCCAGAUUUUGACAGCAGCAAGCAGCUUAAUUCAAGUGUUUUUUUAAAAUAUAUUUUCUGUUUUGCUGCUAAUCUGGAGUAUCUGACCAGAUUGCUUGAAUGAUGUUUCAGUGGUAUAAGAUAGUCCACAUGUCUAGGAUAGUCUCAAGAUCUACCCAGGUUCAUACUUUUUGGUUUACAGAGCAUAGUUUGAAAAUACUGAGGGUGAUCUGGGCAGUGAGAAGUUUUCUGUGGGCUAACCAAGAGUUAAUUUUUAGAAGAGGCAUACCCGUAGUUCUUGGGUGUCCAAAUAGUGCAAUAAGUAUCUUCUCUUAAGGCAUGACCAUGUGCUUUGAAUGAAACAUUCAGUGCAAGUGGGGAACUAUAGAUGAGAAAGCUGAGAUAAAAAACCCAACUGGGCUAAAUUUAGUCUAAAUAGGCUUCAGAACAAUGUCAAACAUGGCUGAUGUGGAAUUGCUCUCUGUUUACGCAGUCUGAGCAGAAGUGGAAGCAGCUGGCUGAGCUUGCUAUCAGUAAAUGCCAGUUUGGCCUUGCCCAAGAGUGCCUGCACCAUGCGCAAGACUACGGUGGCUUACUGCUGUUGGCCACAGCUUCAGGAAAUACCAGCAUGGUGAACAAGCUGGCCGAAGGGGCAGAAAAAGAUGGGAAGAACAAUGUCGCCUUUAUGAGCUACUUCCUGCAAGGAAAGUAAGUAACAAAUAAUCUCUCAUCUAUACUAGGGGUGGCUAAUCCCCAAACGUUUAUGUGGGCCCUGAAUGCACACACACCCGUGGCAAAUUUUUGAUGGUGAUAUCAUCAUCAUCAUCAUCAUCAUUUUAUUUUGCUGAUGUGGUUUCCUACUGUUGCACUUGACUUGUUUCUGCAGAGAACUGCCCCCAAAUUGCGUUGGCAUUAGUUCUUCUUUCCCAGAUUUACAGUGCUUUCUGAAUCACUCAGCAGUAGUAAUCUUUUUCUGCUGCUGCUGGCUCAGACAGCUGAGUUGUGUUGACUGACAAAAGAUCUGACCUCUGGUCAUUCUGCAGAGCAGCCAAAAGCUUUUGCAACUGUCUGAGUUAGCAGCUGAUUAGAAGAAACGAGGAACAAAUGGCAGUAGUAGUGGGCAGUUUAAAAAUUAUUAUUAUUACUUAUAAAGUUAUUAAUAAGUACCUGAAACAGAGGGGGGGAGGAGGAUGGAAACCAACAAGGAAAGGUGGUCAAUGAGAUCCUUUAAUUUUGAGAGAGCCAGCAUUGAAAAGACAAUAAAAUGGAUUAUGACUUAAAUGGACAUGGGAAAGGCUGUGGGUGCAAGGGAAUGGAUUCACUUAUGAGGGAAGAUGGAGAUGGAAAGUAAAGAAGUGCAUGUGUGGAGGAUCCAACAUUGAAGGCUGUUUAAAAAGAAAAUCCAGAGUUUAUCCAUUGUCUGUGCAAUAGAACCUCUCUAUGCAAAAGUCCUGUAUACAGUGGUGCCUCGCAAGACGAAAAGAAUCCGUUCUGGGAGUCUCUUCGUCUAGCGGUUUUUUCGUCUUGCGAAGCAAGCCCAUUGACGGGAUUAGCGGAUUAGCGCUAUUAGCGCUUUUAGCGGCUUUUAGCGGCUUUUAGCAGCUUAUCAGCUUAUCAGAUAAGCAGAUAAGCGGCUUAGCGACUUAGAAAAAGAGGGGGAAAAGGAAAAAAAAAACCCAGGAACUCGCAAGACAUUUUCGUCUUGCGAAGCAAGCCCAUUGCAGAUUCGUUUUGCGAGGCACCUCCAAAACGGAAAACUCUUUCGUCUAGCGAGUUUUCCGUCUUGCGAGGCAUUCGUCUUGCGGGGCACCACUGUACUCUCAAUCUAUUAGUUUUGGCUUUCUUAGAUUUGAGGGAAAUCUAAGAAUGGUCUACAGGAUGUAACAGUGGUGUUAAUUAUGUUUCCUGCGAUGUUUAUAGCAAAACUAUAUACCAUGAAGAGGCCCGGGGAGUAUGUCUGGCACAAUAGCAUCAAAAGCUGAUUGCCAGUGCCAGUAUAAGACCUACAUACAUCAUUUUAUUUGUAUGCCACUUUUCCAUAGUUAAAACUAUGCUCAAGGCAGCUUACAACAUGAAAAAACACAUAAUUACAAAUGUAACAAAAGUAAUCAUAAAAAAAUAAAUAAAACAUCAAAAGGUACACAAGCAAAUCAAACUGUUUCCCAACAUAAAUUGUAAUCUAAAACAAAGAUAAAAUUAAUAUAAAUAACAGCAACACCCCAAGCCCCUAAACAGUACCCCAGUCCAAGAAUCUAUUCAAAAGCCUCAGCUUUUGUACUUGGAGUCAGUCAGGGUCUUGCCCUCCCAGUCCAGGUGGAAAAAGGCCUGCAAGGUCUUCCAGCACUCACAGCCAAGAUGGUAUAAGAGAACAACCUGUUUCCUCUAAGAAACCUUAGCAGCUUUAUGCCUGAUCCUAUGUAGUUGCUUCAUAGGAUCAGGGCAUUAGACAUUCAUUAGCCUUUAAAACCACAUUGCCAGUAACGUUGAACACAAUGGCUUGAUAUUAGUAUAAUCCUCUGAUUAUUACUAUUGUCACAUUUGUGUUAUACUCCAGUAAUGGGUACAUUUUAAAAACUAGAUUUUACUUUUAUUUUUGCUUUGUUUUAUUUAACCAAACCCAAACAAAUGAAAAUGUGACUUUCUUUAAAUGUACCAUUGUAGGCUUGACAGUUGUCUUGAGCUGUUGAUUAAAACCGGACGCUUACCAGAAGCUGCUUUCCUAGCACGAACAUAUUUGCCGAGCCAAGUUUCAAGGUAACUUUGAAGUGUUAGUGUGUGUUUUGUAAAAAUAUUUUGCUUAUAAUGGAGGUGCUUGCAAUGACCAUCUGUUCCAUCAAUAGGGUUGUAAAACUGUGGAGAGAAAAUCUCUCUAAAGUCAACCAGAAAGCUGCAGAAUCACUUGCUGAUCCCACAGAAUAUGAAAACUUGUUCCCUGGAUUAAAGGAAGCUUUUGUUGCUGAAGAAUACAUCAAGGCAACACAAACUGAUUUGCGGCCAGCCAAUAAAUAUCCCCUAGUCACUGUAAGUAAAUACAAGUUAUGAACAAUUUCAUAUAGAAUCUGGCACGACCUUGAGAAUUAUUUAGUGUCAGCAAAAGUCUCUACUCACAUGAUAUAUUCUCUGUCUUUGGUAGCCAAAUGAAGAGAGAAACAUACUGGAAGAAGCUAAAAGUUUCACACCAAAAAUAGGGGAAGCAUUGCAGGUCAGUGUUAAUGAAAUUCUGGAGUAAGAGUUAUCUCCACUAAAUGUUCAAAAUCCUGUGGCUUUUUAUGGACUGUUUAAAAAAACAAAACUGAGCCAUUUAGAUUGUCCGUCCUCUUUAUAGUUUACAUUUACUUUGGUGAUAAGCAAUUGCUCUGUAAUUGUGUUCUUUUCAUGCCAUGUUACCUUAAUAUAGAAACCGUUAUGGAUAGCAUUGGCACUUAGAUGCAUGCAGAUAAUUCUGUUGCUGUCAGUUUUCCUGAUUUCUGUGUCUGAAUAAAUCGGUUGUCUUCCUGAACAUUGCUGCAUUUCUUCCCAUCACAGUUGCUUUCAGCACUUUGAAAUAGCCCUGAGCAACAGCUCCAAAAUUCUUAGUUUUCUUUUUAUUAUUUAUCGCUUUAUGAGGCCAUCCACAUAUACUUCACAACAUCUAAGAAGAUUGUCCUUCUAGACUAAAUUUUGAGAGCAAGGGAGAAGGAAGGGUAGUAAGAAAGGAAUGGCGAGCAAAUGUUGCACAUUCCAGGAAUGAGAGACCUGGUUCACGUCACAAUAAACUAGUUUCUUGUAAUGAGAAUGCUCAGGCUUGAAUGUUCUGCUCCAACAACCUGAUAGAAGUUUAAAGCUUUAGAUCAGUUUUGAACAUUUUGCAGUUUUCCAUUACAUCAAAUUAUGUGCAGCUGUGGUUAGUUCCAACCAAAGUUAAUUCAAAUAAACCAGGAUCUGAAACUAGCUUUGAGAUCCUGGUAUGUUAACUGUGGUUAGGGCAAAGCUGUACCUAUUUAAAUAUAACCAGACAUUUUAAGCUUCCUUCCCUAUUGAGUGUGUGUUAGAAAAAUGGGUAAGCUCACUAGAGUUUAUUUUUGUCACAAGCAGGCCAUUAUUUGGUAUGUCAUCUGAACAGGGCGAGUGUCAAUUAGAUCAGGAGUUCUAAGGGCAAUAGGUAAGAUUGUAGGAACAAUGUCCUAAUGGAAUAAAAUGGUACAUAGUCUUUCCAUAUGCUGCCUUCUCUUGAAUUUGCUUUUGUGUAGGGCUAAUACUACACGCUUUCUUGCUGAAUCUAUUUCUUUGGGUUACGCAACCUAAGAAUGGGAUCCAGUUUUUCCUUAUAUGAGCCUUAUCAAAUAUUUAAAUAUUUCCUUUUUCGUCAUAAGGAUUCAGAAGAGGAAGAACUAGUUCCUAAGCCUGUGAUAGUGCCUCCGGUUGCAGGGAAGGACCCAAUUGAAACAAUAAAAGAUGAAAAGGUAAAAGCUCAAGUGCACCAUGAAAAAUCCUAAAACUGGGAAGGUUCUAAUCCCAGUAGCAAUUCUUAUUUCUCUUGUUCCAAACUGUCAUUGGAAGUUUCAAAAUUAGAGGUUUUUCUACAAGCUAUACAGAAUAAGAGUAAGUCAGCAGAGCUUUAGAUUCAAGAUUGGCGAUAGCAAAUCUCCCUCCGUGUAAUAAACUGGCACAUGAGGCGAAGCUUGGUUUAGUUACUUUUGCAAUGUACGAACAUUAAAGGCAGAUCAUUUGGGGAGUGAGACAAUCUAGAAUUCUACCAUUACAUUUCCAUUCUGCAUAAAACAAUUCAGUGACAAGCUAACUCCAUUCUGCAAUUUCCCCCACUUUGCUCACUUUCCUAUGUUACCUUUUUCUUGUGAAGUAUAGCCUUUGAGAUCAGAUUUGUACUUGAGAGCUCUUGAGAGAAUAACACUUUCGCCAGUGUGGCUAAAUGUUAAUCUGACCUCUUUAGGGAAGUUUGCCAUUGGAUUGAUUUCCUCUUAAUUUAAUAUAGAAACUUGUGCUUAGUAGUUGUUUACAUUUAUGAUCAGUACAUCACAGUACAUUCUUACUGCAUGCUCUUGGCUGCAAUCAGAUUUUGUUUAGGAUGGGUGUUCUUAACUUGGGCACAUGAAGCUUGUUUGCAGAGUGUGUGCUAAAAAGAAUGCUUCCUUCAACUUUCUCCCACAUAUCCCUAAUGUGUUUAUACACCAUGAUCAAAUUGGACUGCAAAACUGAACGUUCUCUAACUCUUUCCAGCAAGAUAGGUAUUUGUGAUAUCCAAGAUUAGUCAUAUUCACAGUAGAUCCAUUGAAGUCAGUGGACUUAAGUCAUGCCCAGAGUAUGACUAGUGUUGGAUAUUGCCCCUUAUCUUGUCAGCUAAAGCCAUAGGUUUCAGGCUUGAACCUAGCUGCAUAAAAACUUGAAUUCUUCCAUUCAGCUUGUUAGGUUUUGGUUCUUUAGGACAGAAUCCUGUGUUGCACAAGUAGGUUUCCAGUUGUGCCACAGGACUUGCCUUCCUCUCCUUCUCCCCCAUUUCUGCUCCAGAAUCCCAAAGCAGAUUGAAAGCGUGUAGGAGGCAGUGAAGUCCCAUUGUGUGAGCAGAAGUCCAUUCCCAUAUGUGUGACAGCAGUAGAUACAACCUUAAAGUAGUUAUAUCAGCAUGCAAACCUACUUCUCAAGGAAGUCCUUAUACAGAUGCAGCUCAUUGUCAAUGCUUUGUAUCAAAGCCAGUCACUGAUAUUUGUGUUACAGAGAUAGUGACUAUCCUAACAGAACACAGGAUAUCUUUGAUAAAACCAAUCUUGCAAAUAAUGUUGUUUUAAUCUUGCUGCUGACUUGCUGUACUGUACCAAACCCUGCCCCAUCCUCAUCUCUACUGCCUAGGUAAAUUUACUUCUGCUUGUGGAAUGUGUAAUAUUUUAGAUAUUAAUGUAAAUACUGCCCCAUUAUACAGCCUCUAAAACUUCCUUAAUCACCAUUGCUCAGAGUGUUUGGAGAUGUGUUCUAGGUUUCACAAUUCUUUAUGAAGUCAGAAACAAGUUACUCAUCCUCUUCCUUCAACAUACAGAUCGUACAUUGGUUUAAAUCAGAGUUGCCUAUUAUACCCCAAUUUGGGGGCUGUGUUUUAUAAUAAGCAAAUAUAUCUAGCAGGCCCAUAGUUGUUUAGGAUGGUGGUAGCAGGAUAGUCCAAUAUCACAAAAAAGCAGUAGUUGCAGCAUUUCAACUUGCAGAAAUGAAAUAAGUAGUUCCCAGUAAGUAGUUCUUUAGCGAUGAUAGAUGCAUGGUAUUUAGUAAGCCAUUUUCUUCUAUGUACUUCCUGCCACAGGCAUUAUUGGAGCUGGAUGAAGACUUGGAUAACUUAGACCUGGAGGAUAUUGAUACUACCGAUAUUAAUUUGGAUGAAGAGAUGUCUGACUGAUUUUUUUUUUUAAAUGACCAAAUUUCUUACAAAUUUCUUUCCCUAAACUUCAUUUACUGCAGUCUUCAUGGUGGAAAGAAGCUUGGUUUUUAUAUGCAAGCUGGAUCAAGUAAGUAGGGUUAGACCUGUGAAACGCAUUGCAGUAUCUAUUUCUGUUGCGUAGAACUCCUUAGAUACUAUUCCAAGCUCUUGUCACAUGAAGACCAUGCCUUGUAAUAAAUGUCUUUUAAAAUGUAGUUUCCCUUUUAAUGUUUUGAUUACUAAGUAUUGUACCCACAAAACUAUUCGAUAUGACAAGUUCUCUGUAUUUCUGUUAAUCAAAACAGGCCAACUGUGCUUUAAAAGCUAACUAUAGCUACUUCCCAUACGCUAUACAGUAAAAAGUAUUUUAUUCAGAAUUCUAUAUACAUUUUACACCACCCUUCCACUCACAAACAUCAUAUUAAGUGGAUUGAUAAGUUCUUUAUGAAGCUGCAGACCUAGGCGUAGUCGCUUGAUACGACUGGAGUGCAAGUUCAAUGUAUCCAGCUCUCUGUGUUUCUGUCUUCACAAAAACCUGUACAAAAAUGUAAAUGAUAAUAAUUAGGUAGCCAGCAAGCUUUUGACUGUGUUACUAGGGUUGGGCUCUAGCAUUUAACCUCAAAAUGACGAAACUAGCCUAAUGUUCUAAAUUACAUUUUGUGAAAUGGAGGAUACAGGUUAUGAAGUUAAAAGCUGCGCAGUCUCUAGUCCAUAUAGGGAUUAUUUAACACUGAAUAAAGAUAACUUCAGCUCCAUGAAAUGUUGGCCUUUUAACAAACUGUUCCAUGGAUGAAUUGCUUCCACAAAUGUGUACAAUAUUUCUUGUCCCAAAACUCCCAAAAAGGAAAAUUGCUGUGAUAGGUACCUAUCACAUGAAAAGAGGUCCAUAUAAAAGAUUUGUAUACCUUAAUUAAAUCUAGUCCUUGGAUGUCAUAUUCUUGUGCUUCUUUUGCUGACUGGCAGUCAGGAUGGAGCAUGUGAUACAAAGUAACUAAGCUUACUGCGUCCUCGAUUCUGAAAUACAGAAGUUAUUCAAGACUUAAUUGCUUUUCUAGGAACCGUCACAGUUAGUACUCCACACAAACACAUUAAACUGGAACUAGCUUGUUGUUUUCUUAAAUUCACUAGCUAAAAGAACUAAGUUUUGAGGAAUUACUAACAGAUGUAAGCCACCACUAUGAGCAAAUAUCUUCAAAGAGAUGGGUUUUCACCCAGCUGAAUUCAUUUCCGAUCUCAGCUUCACCCUUGCCACCUGUGCAGGUAGUGUCUCCAUUUGGGUUCAGACCCAUAUAGGAGCCAUUCCAGUAGUAGGGAUUAUACCCAUAGAAAGACCUCUCUAACACACCACCUGCUCUGGGCGUUCUGUAGUCACAUGCGUACCUUUACAAUAUAAAUCACCCCCUUUCAAUAUUGCCUUACCUCCCAACACUACAGUUUAAUGCCUUUGUAAAACUAUCCAGCAUCACUGAUGAACAUGUAUUGGAGAAGUCUUACUUCCCACCAAGUUUAAAGGGAUUAUUCCAAAGGACUGCAGCUGCACAGGAAAAUCCAAUCUGAUACCUUACCCUGACACUCCAAUCACGUUCUGCAGCCUUACUCAAACUGAACUGAUUCCUGAAUGACACCAAAAUAGUUUCGGAUGAGUAAAUAAUAAUAAAAUGGGGGGGAUUAUUUUUGUUUUUAUUAUGUAUUUUCUCUUUUUUAUCUUGUAUGUUUAUGUUGUGAACCACUCUGAGAUGUAUGGAGUGGUAUAUAAAGGGUGGUAUACAAGUUUAAUAAAUGGAACUGAAUUAUCCUACACAUACAGGUGGAAAUGAAAAUAAGCAAUAGCUGCAGGAAUUGCUAGCUAGGCAUAGUCAACGAUUGACAGAAAACACUAUUAACUAGUGUCUCAUGGCAAACUUUUUCAAAGCAUGUUAAUGAUCGUUAAGAACCCAGCCUACAGUUCCUGAAUAAAAGUCAACCAGUGCUUUGAUCCUGAACACAUAUGCUUACAAGUGCAACUAAAUUCAGCAGAGAGGCUGCUUAAAUAUGAACUUUUAAAUUCUAUAUUGCCAUGGAGAACCUAGAUAACUCUAGCUCAAUAAACAGCACUUACAAAUCUCUUUGGAGCAUGUCUAUCAGCAAUCCAUCAAUCCUCUUUCUAUUUGUAAAGUACCACACCAUUCCUCCAAAGUGUCUUGUUGAACGCAGCAGAUCAUAUUUUCCAUGUUUCUCAAUAUCAUCAUAUGUCCGCUGAUGAACCUGUGCAGAAGUUGAAACAUAAUAAUGCUUAAACGUCGUAAUAGCUUCCCGAGUAAGUUUCCGGAAUAAGUGUAUGUAGCAAAAACAACAAAGACUUGGGGCGCCUUAAAGACUAAACAAAUGUAUUAUACAGCAUUACCUUUCAUGGACAAGUCCACUUCAUCUGCAUGUAAUGUUAUCCUGAAUUGCAGGUAUACACACAACCAUCUUACAGGGUCAAGUAAGAAGGGGAUUGUAAACAGUGGUGUCAAAGGGAUAGCAACUUUGAGGAAUGAUACCAUCUGGCAUAUAGGAUAACACUUUGGUCAGCUAUAGCCCAUGAAAGUUUAUGCCAUAAUAAAUUUAUUUGUUGUGC